AUGAUGAAUAAUUACGAACAAAUACCUAUAAUUACACUUGAAGAAGCUGUUGAACCAUUAGUACUUUACGUUCCUGAAGUAAAUGAUAUGGUAAAAUUAGUAAAACAAAAGUGUCAACAACCAAAAGAUAAUCUUUCAAUAGAUGAAUCGGCAUCAAUUAUGCUUUUUACAAUGAGAUGGGUACCCAAACAAAAUUCAUUUCGUUAUAUAUGCAAUCAAAAAUUGAAGUCCAAUAACUCUAAUGAAUUAUAUCCUUGGCAUUUAUAUUUAAAAUUAAUUUGUAUAUCAUUAUCAAAAUUACCAACCUUAUCUUAUCAAAUAUUUUAUUGUGAGGUUCAAAUGGAUUUAAUCAACGAAUAUUCGUUAGAUACAAAGUUUGUUUCAGAUGGAUUUUUAUCAUGUCAGUUAUCGAUUGAAGCUGUUGAUCGAACAGAUAUUAGUACUUUAUUUAUUAUUCUUAGUAAUCAAGGAAAAAAUAUAAGUCAACAUACAUAUGAUAUAACAGAGAAUGAAAUUUUACUUCCAGAUGGACAACAAUUUCAAGUUGUUUCAAAUGUAAAAUCACAAGAUGGCCGUCGUAUUAUCAUUUUACGUGAAUUACCUUUUAAUGAUUCUGAUGAAUUAUUUUCUCGGCCACAACUUCAGGACAUAACUGAUAGAUCAUUUGAUUUAUUAUUUCAACAACGAAUUAUAAAGAAUGAAUCUUGUUUAGAAAUUAAUUUAAGAAAUCAAAUAUUAAUGGAUCAUCAUAUAAAUAAAAUUGUAGAAGAAGGUAUUAAAAACAAUCAAUGUACUUGGUUAACAUUACAAAAUAGUUAUAUAACAUUAAAUGGUCUAUUUAUUCUAGCUGAUGGAUUAAAAAUGAAUAAAUCAUUAGAAGCAUUAUAUCUUUCACGAAAUCUUGUGAAUGAUAUUAGUGUAAAGUUAUUAACAGAUAUUGCUUUAUGUAAAUACACAAAUUUAACUAUGCUUGCUCUUGAUCAUAAUCAGAUUAGAAAUGAAGGUGCACAGUAUUUAGCUAAUAUGUUAAAAACAAAUGAAACUUUAACUGAUUUAUGGCUUUCAUAUAAUAAAAUAGGGGAUCAAGGUGUGCAAUAUUUCGCUGAUGUCCUUGCUUCUAAAAAUCGAACUCUUAUGCAAUUAUAUUUAAAUGGAAAUAAAUUAAUAAGUGAUUUAAAUGUCGAUUCUCUUGUUUAUGCACUUAAAUUUAAUGCAACUUUGAAUACGCUUUGGCUACAAGAUUGUAAUCUAUCACAAGAGAGCAAACAAAAUCUCGAAAAUAGUGUUGAACAUAAACAUGAUUUUUAUUUAAAUGUAUAA